GCGAAUCCCUGCUAUUACACGUAGUAUAACACGCGACUCUGGGUCGGUGUUGUCACUUUGCUGUGUUCAGGUCGCAUUUGCUGGUCGCGUUUUCCUGCUCUGUUGUAUUCUCUUGUGCAUUGAUCCUAGGUCAGACGCAGUGGUGUACAGCAAACGCAGCACUCCGUUCAAAAUGUCUUCUUCAAUUUCUCUGGAGAAAAUGAUCCAAAUUAGGGAACAUCUCCUCCUCAUUGUGCACGCAAAGACGUGCCAGCUUCUUGAGACUGCUGGCAACCGGCCCAUCUGCGGGAUACCGAACUGCAAGAUGAUGAAAGACGUCCUCACCCAUCUGCGUGUCUGCCAGGCUGGUCUAGCUUGUGAAGUCGCACACUGCUCAUCAUCGCGCCCGCUGCUCAAACACUGGUUAAUCUGUGGAUAUCCGGACUGCAAUGUCUGUAGUGCAAUGCGGCCACUCUAUCGACUAUAUCAUCAGAAGGCCAGGAACUCAACACAGGGCGGCACGAUGAAUGGAGCUAACCCAGCGACAGCUGCUGCUCUCUCCAUGAUCAAAGUGGAACCGAGCACGGAAAUGCUGCCGCCGCCAGGAAAUGUUGUUGGUGCUGGUUCUGGUGCUGCUUCUUCUGGUGCAACGCCUAGCACUAAUCUCGGUCUGCAGGAUUUUUCAGACAUGUACAAAAGUUUGCCGGACUGUGGCAUGCUUCCUUCUGGUGGUAACCACAUCGGUUCAGCUCCUCGUGGUUCGGGUAUACAUGGUGGUAAUCCUGGCCUGCUACCCAAUGCUGCGCUGCCUGUGGGUCAAGUUGGUGCUGGCAAUAUGCAACAGCCAAUUUCUCACCCCAUGGCUAACCAAGGCAGCACGCAUCAAAUGGACAGUUGUUGGCAAGUUUCUCCACCUGUGGCGAAUCAACCUUGGCAUCAGUAUUCUUCCGUUGCUCGUCGCCAGGAUACCAUUCGCAUAGUGUCCCAAAUGUUCGCCAUGCCUAACUUAGAUCAUGCGAGCUACCCCAUUGGCCAGAUUUUCAAGGACAUGGAAUGCACAUACUUCUCUUAUGCUACCUGUGAGGAGGAGUAUAUGAUGAUGUUUCCAGCCAUGUUUGAUGCUUACCUAUUGGUGGAGUGUAUGAAACUCCACCACCACCAGCAGCAGCAGCAGCAACAACGAGAACAACAACAGCAGCAGCAGCAAGACCGAGAACAACGGUAGCAGGAAAAAGCAGAUGGAGCUAACCCCAAAAUGGACAUUGCAGCAGCAGCGGCAGCAACAAAUGAUGGCGCAGCAUAUUGCUGCAGUGCAGCAGCAGCAACAACAAUAUCACUGCCAGCUUGUUCACCAGCAGCUUCAGCUCUAUAGUUCAUUCAGAGAAACAAUGUUUUUGUUAAUAGCCCAAUAUGUUUAUCGCUACCUUGUCCUUUUCUUGG